CCCACACACCAAACACUCCUCUUUCAUUCUCCCGCAUAUAAAAUGAACAAAAUUUAAACCCGUUUAUACUGGGCCGGGUCGGAUCGGGUCGGGUAUUCUACGUAAAGGACUUCAACGUGUGAAAUAGAAAAACCCCUUUUCCCUCUCAUUUGAAUUCAUGUAAAAACAAUGCCGGAGAUUUUGGACGUUGCAAUUCGGCGAGCUGUUGUGAUCGGAAACGGGUUCGCCGGCGCUGAGAAUCAGUGCAUUGGUUUGGUUCGUGGUCUUGGUUUCUCCAACCGCCACACCAUAUACCGUGUCACGAGGCCUCGAGGAGGAAUCAAUCGGUUGCUUCAAUGGCUUCCGGUUUCGAUUCACAAAAAGUUAGAGUCCGUUGUUCGAAUGAUCUGUGGCAAAUCGAGCUUGCGAACACCUCACACUAUCGGCUUAUCCAACGUGUUGGAAGCUGAUGCUCACCACCUUGCCACCAUGGCUCGCGAAAGGUUUCACAAAGACGGACCCUUGUUGGUGGUUGCAUCUGGACGAGACACCAUCUCUGUUGCCAGCUCCAUUAAACGGUUAGCUCCAGAAAAUGUUUUUCUUGUUCAGAUACAACAUCCAAGAUUUCACCUGAAUAGGUUUGAUCUUGUGAUCACUCCACGCCAUGAUUAUUACCCGCUGACUCCGCACGGCCAGCAGCAAUUACCUUGGUUUCUUCGAAGGUGGGUAACUCCAUGGGAACCUCCAGGCCGCAAUGUGGUCCUCACUGUGGGAGCACUUCAUCAAGCUGAUUCCGCUGCUCUUAAGGUUGCUGCUUCUGCCUGGUAUAACGAGUUAGCAACUCUGCCAAAGCCCUUGCUUGUGGUUAAUAUUGGGGGACCUACUGGGAAUUGUCCUUAUGGUGUAGAUCUUGUAAAGAAGUUAGUGUUUAUGCUUCAGAGUGUUCUGUGGAGCUGUGGGAGUAUCAGGAUAUCUUUCUCGAGAAGAACUCCUGACAAGAUCAGCAAAAUUUUGGUUAAAGAAUUUUCCACAAAUCCCAAGGUCCAAAUAUGGGACGGCAAAGGUCCAAAUCCACAUAUGGGACAUCUAGCCUGGGCUGAUGCCUUUGUUAUCACAGCUGAUUCAGUUAGUAUGUUGAGUGAGGCCUGCAGUACUGGAAAGCCUGUGUAUGUAGUUGGAGCAGAGCUGUGUACUUGGAAGUUUGCUGACUUCCAAAAUUCUUUGCAAAAACAUGUAGUUCGACCAUUCACUGGGAAGGAGAAUAUAACCGAAAGCUGGAGUUAUUCUCCACUGAAUGACACUGCAGAAGCUUCACGCCAAGUAAUUGCUGUUCUUGCUCAGCGAGGAUGGACCAUACACCCAUAACUGAUUUUUCUCCCAAUAUUCCUUCACUCUUGGAAUUCAUAAAUGAUACGUGAUUGAGUAGGAAAUACUGUGACUUGUGCUUAGUUUUCAGAGUGCUUGUUAACUGUGGUUUUUCCUUUUAUUGAGAAACUUGUAAUAGUUCUAAGGAGGUUGUUCAUAUAGAUAUGUGGACAAUGGGCAGUUUCACCAAUUUUUGCUGGUAAGAGAAAUUGUUUAUUUAUUCCCAACCAUUUCUCCUUUUCUAACUAACUCCUGUGAGCUUUAGAAUAAUGUAAGCUGCAUAUAACUUAGGCAUGUCAGACAUCUCAACUUUUUUUUUUCGUCCCAGGAUCUGUAUGAUAAUGAAAAAU